CUCUCAUGGAAAGAGUUCCAUCGCCAUUUCGCUUCAACUUUCUUUGCGCUGUUGGUAAACACUGUGUAAUCUCUCUUCUCUUAGCGGGUGUUCCGACUGUGGAUUAUAUUCUCCUUCAUUACAGUUUCACAGGAUUGUGUAGAUUUUUACUUCGUACUGCUGGAACAUGGCUGAGGGCAGUGUUUCAACACAACGAGCUGAAGUACUCAUGGACCUUCUGGGGGAGGAGCUUACUAAACUUGAUAGGGCUUUAGCUUUUCGGUAUCGAUCUCCUCCAUUUGUAAGACCAGAUUUUAGGAGAGGUGCCACUAAUGUAAAUCUACAUCCCCCAUUAAAUGAAGUGAGGAAUUCUUUCUCAGAUCUGAAGAAGAAAUUCGGAGAAUGCUUGGAGGGCGUUCAGAGUUUCCCCACAGAGCCGCAGACCAGAGAAGAGUUUCUGAAAUAUUUCCAUCAUCUGACUCUGGAUCCCAACACGGCACAUCGAGAACUCGUUCUGUCUAAGAACAACAGAGUGAUGAGAUACAUAAUGGGUGUUCAGAGUUUACACUCAGAGCCGCAGACCAGAGAAGAGUUUCUGAAAUAUUUCUGUCAUCUGACUUUGGAUCCCAACACGGCACAUCAAGAAUUCAUUCUGUCUGAGGAGAACAGAGCGGUGAGAUACAGUGAGAGAGAGCAGCAGUACUCUGAUCAUCCAGAGAGAUUUGAUUACUGGCCUCAGGUGUUGUGUAAGGAGAGUGUGUGUGGACGCUGUUACUGGGAGGUGGAGUGGGAAAGUGACAUAGGUGUGGCCAUAGCAGUUGUAUAUAAGAAGAUCAGAAGGAAAGGAGAGGGUGAGGAGUGUAUGUUUGCACGUACCAAUCAGUCCUGGAGUCUGGAGUUUCCCUCUGCGUCUUCUUGCUGUUUCUAUCACAACAACAAUAAGACUGAUCUCAGAGCUCCAUCAUCCUCCAGAAUAGGAGUGUAUGUGGAUCACAGUGCAGGAACUCUGUCCUUCUACAGCGUCUCUGACACGAUGGAGCUCCUCCACAGAGUCCGCACCACAUUCACUCAGCCCCUGUACGCUGGGUUUGGGUUCUAUAGGUGUGGUGGGUCUAAGUCAGGACGAAUUAUGAGGCUGCCUGAUGACCGUAAUAUAAUUCGUUGUUAUUCUUUGGUAAACUUACAUUGUUAAACCUUUAAUAUUCAAUUAUUUGUCACAUGUAGCUUACAGCACAGCAAAAUUGUUUUAUGCGUGUCUCAGUUAGAAAAUUGUACAGAGGUUGUUAAGUAUUAAGACAACAUACAAUUGCACUCAAAUUAUUCAACCCACAUAAAAAAAAAAAGUUUUUUUUUUUUGCCCAAAAUUACUAACUUGAAGCUGUUUGUAAUAUAUUGAAAGUGAAAUGAGAGCAAUUUAAACAGCUCAACACAACUAAUAUAACAAGUGACAACUUUAAGACAAUUUUAAAUGAUUACUAAAUUAUUCAACCCCUCUUCAGUACUUUCCUAGUGAAAAUGCUCUAGGUUGUGUAUUUGGGGGACUGAGUAUCUGGGUUUGAGUACUUGCUACAGUACCCCUACACCCGAUAGACAGAUGAGAGGGUUGCGUCAGGAAGAGCAUCCGGUAUAAAACCUGUACCACGAUUGGAUGGACCACUUGGUCAGAGCAGCCAAAGUAAUUUAUUUAUAUAUAUAUAUAUUUUUUAAUUAACCACAAAAUUUACUCUCUUUUUUAUUUUUGGUAUAUUACUCAUGCCUUUGUUAUACAGUAAAAAUUCCUGUAAUGGACUUGUAAUGCAUUAAAUAUAUUUUAAUUUCAUUAAUCGCUGUGUCAGGUAUGUACAAAUGUUCAUACACAGCCUAAUACUAAAUAUACUUAUAGUGCUUUCACAUGAAGGUACCCUUAAUACAUGUAUAAUUGUAUUUUUCAAUAAUUUUAAUGCAACCUAAAUGUGCUAAGUACUAAAUUAGUUAAUCCAAAAUAGCAAACUUUAAGUAUACUAGUCAUUAGUCUGGAGCAAGUACACUUAAGUAUGCUUUUGCAUGCUCGGAUUUAAUGUACUUAGCAUACUUUUUUUUUCCUAUAUUGUAGGUUAAUAGAGCCACCUUUAGCUAUUAUGACCUGGUGUUUCUCAGAGAACUUGUCUCAUUCCUCAUGUGCAAUCACCUGUAGUUCAUUAAGAUUCUUUGAUUUUGCAUGCUGCAACUGCUUUUAUCAAAAUUUUCUAUUGGAUUCAAGUCAGGUAACUGUGAUGGCCUCUUUAGAACCCUUUAGGACUUCAUCUGAAAACAAGCCUUUAUAUAUUUCAAAGUAUGCUUGAGAUCAUUGUCCUGUUGGAAUGUCCAACCACACUGAAGUUUGAUAUGUUCUCUUAACUUUAUAGACAGCUCUCUUGAAUUAGACAUUUCUGACAUGCAGCCAAAAAAUACACUUUAGUGUAUUACAAAUAUAUUGAAGUCUUUGAUAGUACAUUUUUUUGUAAGUAUAUUUGCAAUGUACAAUCAGUUAAUAUAUAAAAGUAUACCAACAUCAUGCUUCUACCAUUUUUUGGAAUUAAACUUUAAAUAUACUUCAAAAUAAUUGUAUUAUGGUACACUUUCCAAAAAUAUAUUAUUUGAAAACAUACCUUAAGUGAAAGGUUGGUUUAAUUUCGAAAGUAUAAUUAUUUAAACUUGUUUUUCAGUGUAUUUUUGGUAUAUUUAAAAAAAAUAUGCUCAAAAUAAUCAUUGUACAAAUGUACAGAAAGUAUACAUUAGAAUAAAAUUUUUUUUAAAAUUCUGUAGUCUCAGUAUAUUAUCAGUUAAAUUUAAAUGUACUUAUAUUUAGUAUUUAUAUUUACUACUCUCUCGUGCGUGCACGCUUUUAGACUCGUUUUUACCUGCUGAAUCCCUCUCUCCCGCGCGUGUGCUCUCAAACUCGUUGUUGUGCGCUGAAAAUCACUUUUGCCCGUUUAAGAUAAUGUAUGUCUGCACCCUCUCACUCUUCUGUUCGCUCAAUGUCAUAAAGCGACACUUGCACAAACUGCAGCGGUGUUAGAUCUCUGCAACUAUUCCAGCCAACCAGAGACUAGAAUCGGUGCGACACCAGCCAAUCAGAAACUGAAGGCAGAUUGAUUCGGACUGUCUGUUUCUUGAUUGGCUUUUUUGUAACCUUGUGCAAAUUAAAUCUGUUGAACUCAUGAAUAAAAUCUGCCUCAUAAUUACUGAUGUAAUGUGUUUCAAAAACAUGUCAUAGUGUAGAAAAUGCAUUUAGCAUUUGUAAAUUAUCCUAAACACCUUUAGUGUACUGGUAAUACAUUUGCAAUACUGUAAUAUAGAAGGUUGACCAGAAGUAUAACAGCUACUGCUGCAAUAAAAAUAUAUACUCAUAGUAUAUUAAUCAUGUAUUUGUAACAGCUGUAAUGUACUUAUAAUACAUUGAAUAUAUAUUUAAAUUGUAUUAAUUAAUAUCAGGUAUGUACGUUGGUACACACACAGCCAUAUACUUUAAGUGUACUAAGUAUACUUAAAGUUGUUCCACUUUAGCACACAAAAGUAUACGUAAUACACAUACAGUACAAAUUUAAUUACAACUUAAAUACACUUAGAACAAAAUUAGUUGUUCCAAAAUAGCAAACUUCAAGUAUUAGUGUAAGGUUUUAUAAUGUAGUAAGAUUCCUGUGCUCUGAGAACAGACCCCUCACUGUGUUUCCUCAUGUCUUCUGUGGUAACACCUUCUAUAUCCUGUAUCCAGACGAGGAUACAUCCAAAUGGCUCGUGUCUGCUAGAAUCCUUUUGUUUAAUCAGGAGAAUGCAAAUGUAUCUCCUCUCACCUGUCUGUCUCCGGGUUCCUCUAUGACUGACAUGUUAAUGAUGGUUCUUUUGAUGUUCGGGACGUAGCACCGUUUAAAUGUGCUCUCUUUGCUGAGAAUAAACAGAGAUCUUCAGACAUCA